UAUAAAUUGCUUAUUGCUGUAGGAGAAGUGCGUCCGGGGAAGGAUAUUUUCUUGUUUUUUAUUUUAUUUUGGUGGUUCCGAAGAUAUUGUAACGAUGAAUGUUGAAGAAGAGGUUCAGCGCCUCACCCAAGAAAUCAAGAGGCUUGGUGAGGCCCAAGAAGAUGGUUCUUACAAGGUUACGUUUGGAACACUGUUUAACGAUGAUGAAUGCGCAAAUAUAUUUGAAGCACUUGUUGGGACACUAAGAGCAGCGAAAAAGCGUAAAGUACUGAAAUACGACGGUGAGCUACUGCUGCAAGGAGUCCAUGAUAAUGUUGAAAUCAUUCUUAGUCCUGCCUCUGCUGCAGCAGCUGACAACUGAUAUACUGGUUGAGGACCAGAGAGUAUCCUGUGAAAGUGAAACUUGAACCACCAUCUCGUUUUUAUGACCCGUGCAAUAUUAUUCUGCAUCAUUGUGUAAAAUAUAUGUGCGUGUGGAGACUUCAGUCAUUUAUCUCCUCUUAUGGUAAAACCAGGAUUUGUGGAUUGUAAUUUUUAUGAAGUGAUAUUACACCUAUUUUUAUACAUUAUUUUUCCUUUUCCUCAAGUAAAA